UUCAUUGUCCUAUUCUUUUUCACUGUGAGCUAUCACAAAAAAAAAACAACUAAAAAUAGAUGUAGAUUAGUAUAUGAAGACACCUAACUAGCUUUUUGGCAGAGCAUGGUGGUUCAAUGCAUUGUUUCUAACUUCCCAGUGGGUUUCAGUCCUUGUUCUGCACUAAGCAGCAGAUACUGAGAAAUCCUUACCCUCCUUGUUUGUGUAUUAACCUCUGUAUAGUUAAAGACAUGGAAGUGCCUACUUCAAAGAUUUGUGGAGAAUGAAAAGGGGAUCACAUGGAGUGCCUUCAGUGAUUAUAUUUACAUACAACUGCUCUUUAUAUGUUAUACAUUCAACCCUUGGAAAGCUGGUAGUAACAGAAAAACGUGAAGUAAAAUUUUUUAAGUGGGAACUAAUGGUAAGUGGGGACUAUUGGAUUCAGCUGUCAUGAUACAUAUAGCUCACACCCCAUGUUCCCAUGCAGGACGGUGUGACUCACAGUAUCAGUGACUGUUGUCUGAGAGGAUGGACAGCAGGGAUGUGACAACAGACGUGAUCAACAUGAUCAUCUUAACACAGGCUGUGGUUGGGACCCUGGGGAAUUUCUCACUUCUUUGCCAUUAUACCAUCCUGCACAUCACUGGCUACAGGUUAAGGUCCACAGAUUUGAUAAUUAAGCACCUGAUUGUAGCCAACUUCCUUGUCCUCCUCUGUAAAGGCGUCCCCCACACAAUGGCAGCGUUUCGGUGGAAACAAUUCCCCAGUGAUGCUGGAUGCAAACUAUUUAUGUAUCUUCACAGAGUGGGGAGGGGAGUGUCCAUUGGUAGCAUCUGCCUCUUGAGUGUCUUUCAGGUGAUUGUGGUCAAUCCCACGAAGUCCAGGUGGGCAGAGCUUAAAGUAAAAGCUCCCAAGUGCAUUGGUCCCUCUAUUUCCCUGUGUUGGAUCCUGCAGAUGUUGGUAAACAUCAGUUUCCUUAUCUUUAUACGUGGCAAAGGGAGCGACAAAAACAUCACAGACUACAAGGAUUUCGGAUACUAUUUUUCCAUUCGUCAUGACAAAACGAAAGAUGCAUUAUUUGCAGUAUUGCUUUCGUUCCCUGAUGUUUCAUGUUUGGGGCUCAUGCUCUGGGCCAGCAGCUUCAUGGUUUUCAUCCUACACAGGCAUAAGAAGAGGGUGCAACACAUUCAUAGGACCAGCACCUCCACCAGAUCCUCCCCUGAGUCCAAAGCUACUAAAACCAUUCUUCUUCUGGUGAGCACCUUUGUCUACUUCUACACUCUUUCCUCCAUCUUUCAAGUUGUAUUGGCGCUUUUGGAUAAUCUCAGCUGGUUCCUUGUGAGCGUCACUGCCAGCAUUGCUGCAUGCUUCCCAGCUGUCAGCCCCUUUCUGCUCAUGAGCCGUGAUUCCAGUGUACACAGCCUCUACUUUGCCUGGAUUAGGAAUGCAAAAUCUCCUGCUUCUAUGAGAAACAUGUAAACUUCAUUUAUUUCCAUAAUGUAGCAUUGUCAAAUAAUUAAUUACUUCAUUCACCCUGAGAAUCUUAAUUAAACUUUUGAGUCCGAAGAAAAUAGUAUACUGGAAAUGCUGAGCAUCUUCCUGAAAAUGAACAAUUGUAAUAGUAUUGGCAUGAAAUGUAAGUAUCUUCUAAAUAAUUGUGUCUUUGCAGUUUUUCAAAUUCUUGUAGAAAAGGAAUUCAGAACUUAUGGAAUAAUAGAUACCAGGUUGAAAUCAUCUGCACUUUAUGAAGUCUUCAAGUCUGUAGCUUUCAAUCUAACAGAAUAGGUUUCCCAGAAAUAAAAUAGGCAUGGACUUAUAAAUAAAAAUAUGCAUGAAAAUGGAUCCAUGUAUUCAGUGGUCAUUAAUACAAUUGAAGAAAUUAAUGUCUACACAGAAUAAAGAAUAGCUUGUUGUGCAGGUAGAGGUCAAAUCUGUCUCACACAGGAGGGCAUUUGUAAGCCAGUUAUAAGUUUUAUAGAUAACAUCCUUAGAGAGAUGGCGGUAUUCAUUGGGAAUAUGAUGUUUUGCUGAGAGAUAAGCACAUUUAAAUAUUUUCAUGUAGAAAUGGCUAGUUUGAAGUGAAAUGCAGUAAAAAAAAACUGGGGGAGGACACAAAAACAAAAUACUUUAAGCUUUUAUUUUCCAGUGGGAAUAUAUUUGACGUAUAAUAUUGUAUGAAUUUAAAGUGCAUAACAUGCUAAUAUUUGGAUACUGUAUAUUUUGUUUGCCAUUAUACACAUAAUUAUCACCUCUAUUACAUUACAUAAUUAUCCUUUGAAAUUAAUAUUAUUUGCCUUUAUACUUGAUUUACAAUGUUAUAUUAGUUUCAGGUACACAGAAUAGUGAUUAAGUAUAGAUCUAUAUUUAUAUGGAUCAUGCUUUGCUUGAAUUCGUUAUAAAAUACUCACUCUAUUCCCUGUUAUGUAAAGUAUGUCUUUAUAGCUUAUUUAUUUUACACAUAGUAGUUUGUUACUUUAAAUCCUUACAUUAUCUUGGCCCUCUCCUUUUCUGUCCCCACUGACAAUGACUAGUUUCUUCUCUAUAUCUGUGAGUUUGCUCCCGUUUUGUUAUAUUCAUCCAUUUUGUUAUUUUUGUUUUAAAUUCAACUUAUAGGUGAUAACAUACAGUGCUUGUCUUUGUCUGAUUUCACUAAGCGUAAUAUGCUCCGCAUCUAUCUACAUUGUUGCAAAUGUAAAUAUUCUACCAUAUAAAAAUAUAUAUAUAUACACACCACAUUUUUUUCAUUCAUCUGUUGAUGGAUAUGUAAGAGUUGCCUCCAUGCCUUAGCUAUUAUAAAUGAGCUCCUAUGAAUAUUGAGGUGCAUGCAAGUAUC